AUGGGUGAAUCCUACUGCUACACAUUUCGUGAACAUACUAGCCUCAAUGACGUUGUAAAGAUGGGCUGUUCCAAUGUUGUAUGCAAUGCUCUCCGCAAUACCUGCAUGAAUACGGACUUUGCUGGCAUGACUGGCCAAUUGUGCUGCUGCAAUGAGCGACAUUACUGUAACUCAUCACGAACGAAAACUCGUCUCAUACCUUUCAUUAUUCCAAUGUUAUUGUUUUUCGGUGUUUUUAUUCAAAUUAUGUUAUCGGAGAAUUGA